CCAGAUCAGCGCUCCUCGACACUAUUUAGAGAACCGCAGUUGAACGUUACGCUAACGUCACAAGACCCGCUGAAAUUCAAAGUUGGAGGAGGAGAUUGAAAGCAGAAAACAAGAAGGUUGUUUCUUGUUUGAACGUCAGUUAGCGUUGACCUGUUCAGUAACGUUACAGACGGUAGAUUCAUUCAGGCAUAUUUUCAGUAUGGAAGCUGGUGAGGAAAAUAGUGGAAAUAGCCACCUGAAGAGACAGAGGGCACCUCUGUCAGAUUCUGAAGAUAAUGUCCUCUCACCAUCAGAGGUGAACGAUGGCCAGAAGCGGCGGCGCCUGGAGGCAGCUGGUCAGGAGAACCGUAGUCCUAAACCUUCCUCCUCUGGACGCAGAGCUGAGCUAGAGACAAAGCCAGAUACGCCAAUGGUUCCCUCCGUCCGAUCCCGAGUCCAGGAACUCACCCAGAGAAGAGAAGGAGCAGCUCUUCCGGCCCAGCGGUGCCUGUCUGAUCCCGGGGCUCACAGCCUAUCCGUCGACAUCCACGAAAGGGGUUUUAGAGAGCAUCUCCUUAGUGAGGGAGAAUUUAAUCAGCGAAUGGAGAGGUUUAAAGUGCCAGUUUUCCAGGCUAGCCCCGCUCCCGCACAGAGCCCAGCAGACCCCUGCCCUCGGACCUGCUCCAACUUUGUAUCUGACAUUCAGCAGAAACUCCAGGACACUACAACACCCAGCUCAGAGCAGGCUUCUCGCAUGCGUGAUCAACGGAAUCAGGAGUUGAGUCGGUUGCGACCACUCAGUGAGAAUGCCUGGCUGAAAAGGAGCAGCUCUGAUCCUUCGUUGACUCAGCAGGGCAGGACCCCUCCUGGCCCCUCAGCUCCUAACUGGGUUCCUAUGUCGAGAAGGGCAGCUCAUUGGCCUCCCAUACAGCCCUGGGAUGCUGAUGGUGAUGCUGAGAUGAAAGAUGGCAGCUUCACUGAAGCUCUUGCAUCAGGGGCAGAGAGGCAUUCUUCAGAUAACACAGGAAAAAAGGCACCAUGUGACUCUGAAACUCCGACAGGAUCUGGAGAGGUUGAAGACUCUAAUGAGGGGCAGCUGGUAGUGGAAAGGAAGGGGCAAAGUACUCUACAGGGUGGAGAAGUCAGGGGAAAGACGGAGCACAAGGCUUCAUUUGGAAAUGAAGAGGACCAGCUUAGGUCCCAACAAUUACAGAGCCCGACUGUAUUGAAGUUGUCUUUAAGCAAGGAUCAGAGAUUCUCCAGAGCAUCUUUUAGUGAGGAUCUCAAUGUGUCAGAGUUGCCUACAGGUGAUGAUCAGAGCUUGCUAGCGGCGGUCUCCAAACCAACUGAACAGGGUGCAUCUGAGAUGCUUUCAUUUGAAGAAGUUGAAGAAAUUGGUGAUUAUCAACACAGUGAAGAUGAGAUUGAGCCUUCAACAGAUGAGGAGUUAAAGUUCUGGAGAUAUCCUCAAGAUAAUGUGUGCAUGGAGGAAGAGUCUAAAACGACUGAGCAGGAGGAAUAUAUGUGUGCUAAAGAGGAGGAAGGGCAGUUGCAAUCAUCCAGAGUGGAAAACGAGAAGGGAGGCAGUGUUGCACGUGAUAGUGAAGAUUCUGACAUCCGGGAUAGUGAAUGUUAUUUGGCUAAUGUCUCUGCUGAGAUUGCUGGCUCCUUUGAAAUGCAGGAAGAUGAGAAACCUAUACCUGAGGAGGAUGAAUUGGGGCAAGAUGACUCUGUGAAAGACCAGUUGACUUCAAACAAAGACCAAGGCAACAUACAGUCUUGUUAUGAGGGAGCACUCAGAGGAGACAUGCAUACUUUUACAAAAAAACAAGACCAGAAUGACGCUGAACCAGGUAAUCAUAGUGAUGAUGUAUGUCAACAGUCAAAGGCGGUCCAGACAGUCAGUAUAAAAGAAGAGGACAUGGAUCUAGAGUCAGAUGGAAGCGGUCCAAAUAGCAUAGUGAAGGAAACACAGGCAUCUCCUUUCUCAAAUGUAUCUCAGGCUCUGAAAGAUGAUUAUACAAAGCUUGAAUCAAGUAUAAAAGAUGUAGCUAAACUUAAAGUAGAGACGCUGGCUAAAUCAACAGAGGGCAAUGGAAGUGAUGGAGAUCAGUGUUUGAUAGAAGCCCAGGUAUCAGAUCACCUUCUGAAGACCAGUGAAAUAGAGCAAGCUGCAGUAGAUGGAAGCCAGGGUGUUGUAGAUAGGCUGACAAAAAACACUCAUGAGUCCGAGGGAGGAGAAAGCUCAAAGAAAGUCACCUUUAUCCUGGAGCCCGAGCUAAUCAAUGACUCCACCCUGUCUGAGACCAAUACCUCCAUGGAGUCCAGGGCAGACACAAGUGUGUCAGUUGAACUAAGCUCUCAUGAUGAGACCAACACCGCUGAAAUCAUCGACCAGAUGUUUGAGGAAGUGCUGGAAUAUGCUGGAAGGAUGCAGGGAGAAGAUGAAGACACUGAGGACCAUGAUAGUGGUAUUGGCGUUUGCCCUGGAGACAAAGAUAAGAUGGACAUGGAAUCUGAGAAGGAGAAAAGUGAAGAAGAGCGUGAUGAAAGCAACGCCGAUGAGCUGCUGACUUUUCCUCCAAGUGGCAUCCUGUCACCCCUCAGCAAGUCUGUAGAGGCUGUGGUUACUCCUCUGCGACUGGCGGUGAGCCAGGAGUCCAAUCCUCCAUCUCUGCUCCUGACUCCAGGAGAGACCUCCACCCCUCCUGCUGAAACUGCACCUCUAUACAGUAUUGAUGCCUACCGCACACAAAGACAGGUUAAGCCGUCCACAAUUCAGAGUGUCACUCCGGGGGUUCAAAGACGAGCUCCAGUGAAGUCCCAGCCUCAACCCUCCGUCAACACCAAGGAGAAAAUCACGGCGCUUAAUGAAGAAGCAGGGAAGCUGCAGACCAUCAUCCACCAGACUCUGCAGGCUCUGAGCUGCUGCACUGAUGAGGAGCACGGACGAGGCUCACUGGAGGAGGCUGAAGCUGAGAAACUGCUGCUGGUCUCCUGUGAGAAACGCUCGGCCCUGCUGGCAGAGAUUGCCAGGCUGAGGGAGGAGAGAAACUCUGAGUCAGGAGAGGCAGCAGGAGAGGACGGGGACAUUGUUUCCCAGCAGCCCUGCAGAGGGACUGUCGCCAUCACAAACAUCCAGCUGCCCCUCAAGGUUGAAUUUGUUUGCUCCUCACACAACCGAUCAGGUCGUCCAAGUCACUACUUCUUCAUCCUGAUCCGCUAUGGGCCCUGUAACAUCGUGGCCACCCCACUGGCCACAGCUGCUGAUGCUCAGAAUGGAGACACCAUCUCCUUCCCUACUUCUGUCACUCUGAAGGAUAUACGCUCAUCCUUUGAAAUUGAUGUGGAAGUCUACAGCCUGUCCCACACCUCAGGUAGUAACUGCAGCACGGACCGGACCACCACCAAGUCGCGGGUCACACCGAGGAAGCUCCUGAAUACUAUCACAAGAUCCAGUAACAGUCUGACACCUGCUCCUCCAGCUGUCAACACACGUCGCUCCAGUAACUUUUGUCUGGUGGGUUCCCAUAAGAUCACCUUGGCCUCACUGGGACACAGCAAGUUCCCUCUGGAUAAGAUGAAACUUGAAGGCAAAAUCAGGAGGCUGCUGGGAGAUGAAUUUCAGGAAAAGGUGCCUUUUCUCUCUCCUCUAGAGGGCAACAUCUACCUGAGACUGAACAGUGAAAGUCACUCAAAUGUACAGCACCAAGGCUUCCUGACAAUGUUUGAGUUGAUCAGUGGAUAUGGGGUGUGGCAUCGCCGAUACUUUGUUCUGGAGGAAUGUAACCUGUACUACUGGAACCAUCCCAAUGACAAAGAAACUAAGGAGGCCGAGGGCAGCAUUUCUCUGUCCAGCUCCCUCAGUCAGUCUGUCAGGCCGGUGAAGAGGGACUCCUGUGCUCGACCGUUCACCUUCGAGCUGGUGAGCAGUAUCACACAGCAGCAGAAGGACGACAGCCAGGAAGCCUUGUCCAAGUGCUGGUUUUCAGCUGACACCAAACAGGAAAGGCUGGACUGGAUGGAGAAACUCAACCAAGUUCUUUUGGACUUUCACACAUGGAACCGAACAUCAAAAAGUGAGCAGUUGGAUACAUCCAACAGUGGGAACCUGAGGGAGAGCAUACUGUAACUCCACUGCUGGCCUCAGGGUUGGGAUUCUAUAUGACUGUAGUGGAUAAUUGUCUGCCUGAUGCGCUUUGUUAAAAGUUGAUAUGUAACUGCCAAAUUAUAAACAUUUGGCAAGUCAACACUUUCUGUAUCUCAUCUUGAUUUACCUUUGGGAGAUGUCUAUUUGAUUCUCGUAUUAUUGUUUAUUUCUUUUCAUCUGAAUCCAAUCUUUACUAUUGGUUUUCACUUUUAUUUGCUAAGUUCCAUUUGAAUAUUUUUAGUUAGUUUGUCUUUAUCCUGGUUUUUUGGAAAUCGGGUUUUAUUUUGACCUGUUUUUUUUGUGGCAAUCAGCUGCUUUAGCCUUUGUAGGCAAAUAUGAUUUGGUCACCUCAGUUGCUAAGGUGACAAUAAUUUACACAUAUAUUUAAAUUCAUAUUGUUUUUUGUGUCGUUUGAACUGGAAGGUUAAUUGUAUAGAAACACUAAUAAAUAUUGAAGGAGAAGGCAA